GGUCAGAGUUGAAUUGCAUGGCUCUGUUAGGAAACACGGUUGUGUAACGUUUUUUUUUUUUUUAUCGUUGCCCGGUCUUCCUACGGCUGUUGCGUGAGAGGACCAUUUUAAAUAAGGAUGCUGCUCCCUUCGUUACGGACGUUGGUGUCGUGUGGCUGUCGAAAUGCUGGGAGAGGAUUUCAGCAGAACAAUCGGACUCCUCAUUUGCGGCAAUGGCUGGCGAAGAGAAGCCAGCACUCCAUCACAGCAGAGGCAGGAGCCAACACAGCACCAGCUACAGUUCCCAACGUGGCCACCAAUCGGCUCCUCGGCCGAUGGCUGUUGGGCUGCAGUGGACUGGUGGUCGGGGCAGUGGUGUUGGGAGGUGUCACAAGGCUGACUGAGUCAGGGCUCUCAAUGGUAGACUGGCACCUGGUGAGAGAGAUGAAGCCUCCUCAGACUCGGGCCGAGUGGGAGGCUGAGUUUGCCAAGUACCGGCAGUUCCCAGAGUUCAAAAUAAUGAACCAUGACAUGACUCUACCAGAGUUUAAGUUCAUCUUCUACAUGGAGUGGGGCCACAGGAUGUGGGGCAGGCUGGUAGGGCUGGCCUAUGUCCUCCCCACCAUCUACUUCUGGAAGAAAGGCUACUUCAACAGAUCUAUGAAGGGACGUGCACUGGGACUCUGUGGAUUUGUGUUCUUUCAGGGCCUCCUGGGCUGGUACAUGGUGAAGAGUGGUCUGGAGGAGAAGCCAGAGUCCUAUGAUGUCCCCCGAGUCAGUCAGUAUCGCUUGUCUGCUCACUUAGGUUCAGCUCUGCUGCUCUACUGUGCUAGUCUAUGGACCGGACUCACACUGAUGGUCGAGCCGCACAAGUUGGCUAAUACUAAGCGUCUGAACCAGCUGAGGAGGUUUGCUAAGGGCACUGUAGGCUUGGUCUUCCUCACCGCACUCUCAGGUGCGUUUGUAGCAGGGCUGGAUGCUGGGUUGGUGUAUAACUCAUUCCCUAUGAUGGGAGACAGAUGGAUCCCUGACGACCUUCUGGCCUUUUCUCCAACACUCAAGAACUUCUUCGAGAACCCCACCACUGUUCAGUUUGACCAUCGAGUUCUGGCAAUCUCGUCUCUGACGGCCAUCACAGGUCUCUAUAUGUUCUCCAGGAGGAUGAUGCUACCUAGGAGAGCUAAGAUAGCCAUAUCCUGCCUUACAGCUAUGGCCUAUGCGCAGGUUGCCCUGGGCAUCAGUACCCUGCUUCUUUACGUGCCCACUCCCCUGGCAGCGACCCACCAGUCAGGCUCUGUCGCUCUGCUCUCAUUUGCCAUCUGGGUCCUCGCAGAGCUCAGGAAGGUGGCAAAGUAGAUGCCCACUUUCCCAUGACUCAAACCAGUCCAAGGAGAAGAAAAAAAGAAUAUUCACAAGAUGUUCCAGGAAAAAAGAGAAGUGAGGAGAGAAUCAUUCUAUAAAACAAUGGAUUGGGUCUUUUGAUACUAUUUCGGGGAACUUCUAUGUUGCAAAGCUGCAAGCUUCUUCCAUGGGUUUGAAGUUAUAUCAUAACAUUAGAAUUCAGUCAUAUAAUGGUUGUUUUGAUUGAUGCAAUGGCAAGAAUGUUCAAGAUUAUUUUACAACAUUUUUCCCCUGCAGUGCCAGGAGGUGUCGCAGGUAGUUCAGAAAUCUCACUGAAAGGCAUUACUGUAGCUGAUGACAGAUGUAAUUUCAAUGUCACUAGAUAGUGACUAUUUAAUAAACUGAAAUUGAAUUGAGCAGUGUAGAAUUUUAGCAACCAGGAAAUUAGCGAUUUACACUAGAUGACACAGCCACAAAUUCAGAACAGCUUUCUAAGUUUGAAAACAGAUGCUGCUCUGGCGGGAGAAAUCAAUAGGUGAAUAUCACAGCCAAUCACAACACUGGCGGGUAAGUAAUACUGUGAAACACUGAUUCCACUGUUAGUGGCAGACAUAUUAUGGACAUUUUAUGAAAUUAUAUUGCAAAAAUUCUAAAAAAAAAUCCUAUGUUGGCACCUUUUAAUGCCUUCA